AUGGCCGACGUACCGGCGGAGUGCACCAUCAAAGUGAUGUGCCGUUUCAGGCCCUUAAACAGUUCAGAGGUGGCCAGAGGGGACAAAUACAUACCCAAGUUUCAAGGGGAAGACCAUGUGGUCGUCGGGGUAAGUUGGUUUGCAAUAUUUCUUUGUCUGCAAGCAAGUGCCCUCUGUGACAGUCUGCGCUGCGCCAUUGGCAUGGUGAUCAGAUCCGCCAGCAGUGUCACUAGUUACGUUAGCGUAGCUAGCUAGCUGGCUAACUGACCUACCUGUCCACCUACAUCAGCUGUGUAGCGUUAACGUUAGCAAUAAGCUAGCUCACCCACACUAACACCGAUCGGAACAGGACACUAUUUAUGGAUAACAAUUGGUAGCCAGUCAAGUUUGUAUAGUUAGCUAGUUGUAUCUCUCUGAUUUGCCGCGUCAACUUUGUCGUCGCAAUGAACUAAUAUUGCCGUUUCAGGUAGCUACUGUAGCUGGUCAGUCAAUUGUCAUCCAACAAUGACAGGCAAGUGCUAGCUAACUUUAGCUAGCUAACUAACGUUCGUUACAGUACCACCAACGUCAUCUGCCAACAACAUGAGUUAACGUUGCGUUCAAAAUAAAUUCUCAUCAUUUUCGAGUUAACACUCAACACCUGCUGGGAGUUCAUUUAGUUAGCUAGCUUUCCAAUCAUGCAAUGUUUGAAAUGUCUAGCUAUCUAAUUUAGCUAACGCUUGGCCAGCUGAGAUGGCAGUGGCAGAUUAGCUGGCCUAACGUUAGCUAUACCCAGCAGCAAAGAUGGUGCAGAAUUGAAUAUAAGCUAGCUAUAUAGCUAACUAGCUGUUUCAUCAACACGAUCACUAACAAGCCAGCUGAUGAUUGCCCUAUGGGCCUGGUUUAUUUAUUUUAGCUAGUCAAACCAAGACUGUUGUGCGGUAAAUUACAAGACUAACGUUAGCUAAGUAACGUUACUGUAUGAGGAGCAGAAUUCAUGAAACCAGACAUGUAAUUCAUUAAUAACCACCGUUACGUUAGUAGAUGUUUGUACAGUCUGUAGCUACAAUGUUUGUUCAUGUUGUUAUAAAGGCAGGUAGUGACAUACAUUUCUUCAAGUUAGUGAAGUACACUAAGGUAGCUACAUUAGUUGUUAUCUCUGAAAAUAUCUGGUUAAGGUUACACCACUGGUCCAUUACUAAGUGGAUUCAGGAAAUUGCAGUUUGUUUGUUUUCUUUAGUCAUCUUGGAAUGUAGUCCAAUGUCUGCACUCAAAUGGCACUAUAUUCCCUAUGUAGUGCACUACUUUUGAACAGAGCCCUAUGGGAUGUAUAUAGGGAAUAGGGUGCCAUUUGGGAUGCACCCUUGACACCCGAUAAGGAUAAUGAAAUGGGCGCUACUCUGUUAUGACAAAAGAAGGAAAUGCAUUCCACACAGUGGUGCUUGAAGUUUAAAAAAACGAACAAAAAUGUUAUAUUGUUCUCUUUAGACAUAAUCCCUUCUUUUCUUGAUCUGUGGGGAAAUUGGUUUGAAAAGAACUGUCUGUACAUGUCAUAUCAUGCCAUCUUCCCAUAUUUGCACUGUAGGCCAGAAGAGAAUAAGCACUAGAUGUGGCAUGACCUCCCUUUGUCAGUGUUCAAACAGAGCCAAGGACUUUGAUGCCGUGGUCUGGACACACCUCACCAAAGCCAACAUAAUCAAGUCUAUAAAGGUUUAUGGUAGGCUACAAAUAGUAAGAAGUUGUAGUUCUGUAACUUAUUGGCACUGAUGGCAUGUCCUUGCUCAUCUUCAACCUCAACCUCCCUUUCAACACAGUCAGUGUCUAUAUUUUAAAUGUGGGUAGUACACAGCACCACUAUACACAACACUACCUAUACAAUAACACGCUAUAGGACUUGGCCUAGAUUAGGAGGCUGAAUAAAGAAUUACGUCAUCAUUCAUGGGAAACACAGUAUGAUGACAUCAUGGCCAUUGGCCACUGAAAGGGAUGGUCAGUGUGGAUACAUAGUCUAUAUUUGGGCCAGGGGUGGAUCUGAGCUGGCAUAAUGGAACUUGGCCCAUUUCUAACAUUAUAUAGCCAAAGAAAGUGAUGGUUCUCUCCAGUAAUCUAACAUUAUAUAGCCGUAGAAAGUGAUGGUUGUCUCCAGUAAUCUAACAUUAUAUAGCCAUAGAAAGUUAUGUUUUACUCCAGGGCUUGUUUUUUUGAGAUUUUCAGGGCUUGUGAUGUCAUCACUUUCCCAGCGUAUCAUCAGCUAGUGGUAGGAUCAGAGCUUAGGCCUCUCUCUCUCUGUCCAAUCGCACACACAAACACACACACACACCACUGGCCCCCUGGGUAAUCCCCUUGUCUUUCUCCUGGCAACCAGCUGUUCCACCAAUCAGAGAGGGUUCUGUCGGGCGCGGCUGUGUGAUUCCUCUGGGUUUGUGGGGCUGGCUAGUGAUUAUUAUUAUUAUUAUAAUUAUUCCUGUUUGUUUCAUGAAUGCACUUAUCCAGAGUGACUGACCCUAACUCACUUAGCUCAUAUUUUGUAUCUAUUUGAAAUAAUCCAUUGUAUAAAUAUUAAAACCUCAACGGCAAUAUCUGUCCACUCCCUAGGCUUGGGACAAGUACCACACAGACAGUUAUCUCUGCUCUGAUGUUCUUGGCACAGUGCAAACCAGGGGAGAUGAGAUGGAGGGACAGAUGAUGCUUACACCUGGAACCUUGAACAUACUGUAUGUUUUGACUUCUCUCAGUCCUGAUAUGCAGUACUGAACCUUAACCAUUCAACUAUACAUCACCAGAAUGUAGCCUCGACAAUCUCAGUCAGCUUGGUACAGCACUGGAGAUGGAAGAAACUAAACUAACAGUCUUCCAUCCAUCUCAGAUGAGGCAGAGAGAGAGAGUAGUUCACUAGAUCUAGAAUAGCAAAUGCACAAGUGAAUUAUUCAGGCUUGACUGUCAGUCAGGCUGCUGGUGCUGCUCACACAGAGAGAGCGAUCACGUCAGCCUCCCAGGGUAGGAUGCUGUCACAUGAUUCCACUAUCUCCAUACAGAUAUACACACACACACACACACACACACACACACACACACACACACACACACACACACACACACACACACACUCACACACAGCACCGUGAGAGUGUGCUACUUUUAGCUUCAGCAGUGGAAACUAACAGAAGAUAGGUGGAGAAGAGUGGGAGGAAAGAGGACUGAGGGAGGGAGGGAAGAGAAGGGGAGGGAGGGAAGAAGAGGAGAGGAAGAGGAGUGAGGGAAGAGAAGAGGAGUGAGGGAGGGAAGAGAAGAGGAGAGGAGUGAGGGAGGAAAGAGAAGAGGAGAGGAGUGAGGGAGGAAAGAGAAGAGGAGAGGAGAGGAGGGAGGGAGGAAAGAGAAGAGAAGAGAAGAGGAGAGGAGGGAGGAAAGAGAAGAGGAGUGAGAGAGGGAGGGAGGGAGGGAAGAGGAGAGAUGAGAGAGAUGCUUCCACGAGGAUUUGAUUUUAAACUGGGUAUAUACUUUUCUGGUAGUUAUUACCAUUCUAUUUCUUAGCAAAUACAUAGUCUAUAGGGGGGGAAAUCCAGUUGGCUAAAGCACUUCCACCCCCCUGUGGCUGUUUAUUUUGCUCUUUGGGUGAUCUUGGAUUUAUCACUGGCCUAUUCAAUAGAAGUGUUUGUACAUUCUAGACAAAUCAGAUUUUCCCAAGGCAGACCAAGAAGCUAGUAGUAGUGUCUGUGAAAGACUAGAACAAUGGUUUCACUGUGUCAUCACUUUGAACUUGGGCUGUACUAGUGAUAGUGAGGACGGGCCCAGCCUAAUGUUGUCAGUACUCCAGUGUCAGUCUGGCUAUGUUGUGUUGUGGCUGGCUGUACCCCAUCUUGUGACUGAUCAGUGGGCCAGGUCAGGUGAUGUCCUGUACAGAUAACUCUGUGGUUCUGAGCAGUGGGCAGAGUUAUAGCUGGUCUCCUGAAUAGAGGGGCUUGUCGGAGCACAAACCCAGAUUUGCCUUUCGCUGUUCUACUGUGCUGAAUUGAUGUAAGAGGAGGAGGAGGAGAGGGAGAGGGGGCGGGGUGUUUACUUAUUCAUAUAGGUGUUGUCACACAUGCAGCUCAGGCCAAUGGUCUGAUCCCCCCCUCCAGCUCAGGCCAAUGGUCUGGUCCCCCCCUCCAGCUCAGGCCAAUGGUCUGGUCCCCCCCCCCAGCUCAGGCCAAUGGUCUGGUCCCCCCCUCCAGCUCAGGCCAAUGGUCUGAUCUGAUAUGUCUGUGAGUGGUCCAUGUCUGUUGGAUAGGGAGGGGGGGAGAGAAAUGUUUUUAAACAGACGGAUCUGGGGUCUCAUGUAUCAAGCAUCUCAGAGUAGGAGUACUGAUCUAGGAUCAGGUCCUCCCUGUCCAUGUAAUCUUAAUCAUUGUGAUCUAAAAGGCUAAACUGAUCCUAGAUCAGUACUCCUACUCUGAGACGCUUGAUACAGAUGGCUCCUGGUCUUCAAACUGCCUAGAAGUUCAGAGAUGCAAUAGGGCCCAUGUAGCUAGUUGUUCAGGCUGAACUGCUACAGUGGCUAUAACAUCAGUUUCACAACCUGUGUGGUUGACUUCACGCCAUCUCAUUAGAAUUAUUUUUUUAUUUAUUUUUUUAUUUCACCUUUAUUUAACCAGGUAAACCAGUUGAGAACAAGUUCUCAUUUACAACUGCGACCUGGCCAAGAUAAAUUAAUAUUAAUUAAUAUGCCAUUUAGCAGACGCUUUUAUCCAAAGCGACUUACAGUCAUGAGUGCAUACAUUUUUGUGUAUGGGUGGUCCCGGGGAUCGAACCCACUACCUUGGCGUUACAAGCGCCGUGCUCUACCAGCUGAGCUACAGAGGACCACAAAGCAGUGUGAUAAAAACAACAACACAGAGUUACAUAUGGGGUAAAACAAAACAAAGUCAAAAAUACAACAUAAAUAAAUAUAUAUACAGUGUGUGCAAAUGUAGCAAGUUAUGGAGGUAAGGCAAUAAAUAGGCUAUAGUGCAAAAUAAUUACAAUUAGUAUUAACACUGGAAUGAUAGAUGUGCAAGAGAUGAUGUGCAAAUAGAGAUACUGGGGUACAAAUGAGCAAAAUAAAUAACAAUAUAGGGAUGAGGUAGUUGGGCGGGCUAAUUUCAGAUGGGCUGUGUUCAGGUGCAGUGAUCGGUAAGGUGCUCUGACAACUGAUGCUUAAAGUUAGUGAGGGAGAUAAGUGUCUCCAGCUUCAGAGAUUUUUGCAAUUUGUUCCAGUCAUUGGCAGCAGAGAACUGGAAGGAAUGGCGGCCAAAGGAGGUGUUGGCUUUGGGGAUGACCAGUGAGAUAUACCUGCUGGAGCGCAUACUACGGGUGGGUGUUGCUAUGGUGACCAAUGAGCUAAGAUAAGGCGGGGAUUUGCCUAGCAGUGAUUUAUAGAUGGCCUGGAGCCAGUGGGUUUGGCGACGAAUAUGUAGUGAGGACCAGCCAACAAGAGCGUACAGGUCACAGUGGUGGGUAGUAUAUGGGGCUUUGGAGACAAAACGGAUGGCACUGUGAUAGACUACAUCCAAUUUGCUGAGUAGAGUGUUGGAGGCUAUUUUGUAAAUGACAUUGCCGAAGUCAAGGAUCGGUAGGAUAGUCAGUUUUACGAGGGCAUGUUUGGCAGCAUGAGUGAAGGAGGCUUUGUUGCGAAAUAGGAAACCGAUUCUAGAUUUAACUUUGGAUUGGAGAUUCUUAAUGUGAGUCUGGAAGGAGAGUUUACAGUCUAACCAGACACCUAGAUAUUUGUAGUUGUCCACAUACUCUAGGUCAGACCCGUCGAGAGUAGUGAUUCUAGUCGGGUGGGCGGGUGCAAGCAGCGUUCGGUUGAAGAGCAUGCAUUUAGUUUUACUAGUGUUUAAGAGCAGUUGGAGGCUACUGAAGGAGUGUUGUAUGGCAUUGAAGCUCGUUUGGAGGUUUGUUAACACAGUGUCCAAUGAAGGGCCAGAUGUAUACAAAAUGGUGUCGUCCGCAUAGAGGUGGAUCUGAGAGUCACCAGCAGCAAGAGCAACAUCAUUGAUAUACACAGAGAAAAGAGUCGGCCCGAGAAUUGAACCCUGUGGCACCCCCAUAGAGACUGCCAUAGGUCCAGACAACAGGCCCUCCGAUUUGACACAUUGAACUCUAUCUGAGAAGUAGUUGGUGAACCAGGCGAGGCAGUCAUUUGAGAAACCAAGGCUAUUUAGUCUGCCAAUAAGAAUGCGGUGGUUGACAGAGUCGAAAGCCUUGGCCAGGUCAAUGAAAACGGCUGCACAGUACUGUCUAUUAUCGAUCGCGGUUAUAAUAUCGUUUAGGACCUUGAGCGUGGCUGAAGUGCACCCAUGACCAGCUCGGAAACCGGAUUGCAUAGCGGAGAAGGUACGGUGGGAUUCGAAAUGGUCGGUGAUCUGUUUGUUAACUUGGCUUUCAAAAACUUUUGAAAGGCAGGGCAGGAUGGAUAUGGGUCUGUAACAGUUUGGAUCUAGAGUGUCACCCCCUUUGAAGAGGGGGAUGACCGCGGCAGCUUUCCAAUCUCUGGGGAUCUCAGACGUUACGAAAGAGAGGUUGAACAGGCUAGUAAUAGGGGUUGCGAGAAUUUCGGCGGCUAGUUUUAGAAAGAAAGGGUCCAGAUUGUCUAGCCCAGAUGAUUUGUAGGCGUCCAGAUUUUGCAGCUCUUUCAGAACAUCAGCUGUCUGGAUUUGUGUGAAGGAGAAGCGGGGGGGGGGGCAUGGGCAAGUUGCAGCGGAGGGUGCAGAGCUGGAGGCCGGGGUAGUGGUAGCCAGGUGGAAAGCAUGGCCAGCCGUAGCAAAAUGCUUGUUGAAAUUCUCGAUUAUUGUAGAUUUAUCGGUGGUGAUAGUGUUUCCUAGCCUCAGUGCAGUGGGCAGCUGGGAGGAAGUGCUCUUAUUUUCCAUGGACUUUACAGUGUCCCAAAACUUAGUGCUACAGGAUGCAAAUUUCUGUUUGAAAAAGUUAGCCUUUGCUUUCCUAACUGCUUGUGUAUAUUGGUUCCUAACUUCCCUGAAAAGAAUGGUCUGUGCUUUGAUCUCUCCCUCAGCUCAGCCCUCCUCUGAGGGUCCUCCCUGGUCCUGCCAUGUCUGUGUCCCAAAUGGCACCCUUUUCUUUAUAUGGUGCACUACUUUUAACCAGACCUGUAUGGGCCCUAGUCAAAAGUAGUGCACUAUAUAUGGAAUAGGUUGCAAUUUGGGAUUGUCAUGUGAAUGUCUAUCUCUAAUUCAACCUAAGCUUGAAUCAUUACCAGAGGUUGUAAGGCUCUGGUUUUAAUCAUCAAUGAUUCAAGGUCCACAACCCACAAGUAAUUAUCUGUAUAUUUAUUCAUGGAGAGCUCUGGCGCCAAAGACACAAACAUACGAUUUUAUACCUCCUGAACUUGACUCCUCCCACCUUUAGUUGGCUUUUCUAAACAGUUUCCGCCUUCCCCCUUGAAUGUUUAGUAACGCCCCCUCUGUUAGUGGGUUGACACUACAUGAUAAUUCUAACAUUUAUACUGUAUUUGGGGUGAAAUCCUUUAGUCAUUAUUCUUAAAAUCCAAAUUAAUCUAACAGGGAUGUAACUUGGGUUGCUGUGGAGGCCUGGAGGGUCACCAGGGGUUUAUUUGUGGGUUGCUGUGGAGGCCUGGAGGGUCACCAGGGGUUUAUUUAUGUAUUUGUGUGUGUGUGUGUGUGUGUGUGUGUCUGAUCACAGUGAUGUUUUAACACUAAUAUGGUGUCCCGUGAGGCUCAGUUGGUAGAGCAUGGCACUUGCAACGCCAGGGUUGUGGGUUCAAUUCCCACGGGGGACCAGUACGAAAAUGUAUGCACUCACUACUGUAAGUUUCUCAGGAUAAGAGCGUCUGCUAAAUUACUAAAAUGUGUUUUAUUGGUGAUUAUAAGGAUCUGUCUCUGUCAAAUAGAUGUGUAUCUUGUCUGUUCUAGUGAGAGCAGUACCUUUACAUAGCUAAUCUGCAGGGUAUAGCCCCUUACUGUGGGACACUUUAUGUAAGUGUUUAAAUUGAAUGUCAGACAGAAAGUUGUGAAACUCAUUCCCUAAUUUAUUUCUCUCUGUCUCUGUCUGUCUCUGUCUCUCUCUGGCUUGCAGAGCAAACCGUUCCAGUUUGACAGAGUGUUCCAGCCGAAUACGACACAGGAGCAAGUAUACAACGCCUGCGCCCAGAAGAUCGUCAAAGGUGAGCUCUGUUCAGACACUGUUUAUGAACACUCUGUUCUACUGUAGAUGUUUGUUAACCCCUGAGGUCGAUGUCCGCGCUCCUGCGGAAAUGUAAUUAGCAUAAUAGAAAAAUCCCCCAUCAGAAUGUGUCCGUUUAAGCUAGAGAUAUGUCUCAUGGUCUGACAAACACCACUCUGCGUCUCAAUCCACCGCAUCCGCCAUUGUCCACAUCUGUGGUGAAAGCUGACAGAGCUAGUGGUGUUUGUCAGACCAUGAGACGUCCCGAAAACCAGUCUUCUCACAAAAUGGUCUGUAGCGCCUGAAUGGUUUGGCCUAUUAUGAGAGAUGAGACUCUCACCACGGUGGUCUCCGUUUUGCUCUACGACCUCCACAAGUGUCAGGAGACUUGUCUGAAGUCGGUACAGCCGAUCUGCCAACUUCUGUCUGUAGCAUCCGAACCUUUUGGGCUACACACUAAUAUGAUCCAUCUGUGCAAAGGUGAGACUCUCACGAACAUGUACAUGUCAAGUUGUUUUGCUCUAGGAAGCCCACAGGCCUCACAAGACUCAUGUGAAGGUUCCCCAGUACCAGUUGAAAUUUUUUUAUGGAAAUAUACUGUAUAUGGAGACUGUUAAAUACACAUAAAAAAUAAAUUAAAAAAUGUUUCCUGAACUUUCUUAUAUUGCUCAAAAUGAAAUAGCUAAAUUAUCCUUGGUAUGACCUUCUUAAAACAAUUCCGUAUAGCUUAGUAGACCCCCCCUGAGGAGAAAGUCGGUCUGAAGGAGGAGUUGAUGCAGUGACUACUUCCUUACAAUCAGGCUGUUUGGUUUCUGUCUGUCUGUGUAUUUCUGUGUAUGUGUGUGUAUUUCUUUGUGUGUGUAUUUCUGUCUGUGUGUGUGUGUGUGUGUGUAUUUCUUUGUGUGUGUGUGUAUUUCUGUGUGUGUGCGUGUAUUUCUGUGUGUGUGCGUGUAUUUCUGUGUGUGUGCGUGUAUUUCUUUGUGUGAUUGUGUGUAUUUCUUUGUGUGAUUGUGUGUGUUUCUUUGUGUGUGUGUGUGUAUUUCUGUGUCUGUGUGUGUAUUUCUUUGUACGUGUGUGUGUUUAUUUCUUUGUGUGAGUGUGUGUGUAUUUCUGUGUUUUUGUGUGUGUGAUUUCUUUGUGUGUGUGUGUCGGAGGGGUUGGGUACAUUUCCAUCUCGUAUGGAUUAAUAUGGAUUCUUCUUCAUCUUCAACUUCUCCUUCCAGAUGUUCUGGAGGGGUACAACGGGACAAUAUUUGCAUACGGACAGACGUCAUCCGGCAAAACCCACACGAUGGAGGGUAACCUCCAUGACACAGAUGGGAUGGGGAUUAUCCCCAGGAUAGUGCAGGACAUCUUUAACUACAUCUACUCUAUGGACGAGAACCUAGAGUUCCACAUCAAGGUAGCUACUGGCUAGUACUCUACAAAUUCAUCUCUCUGAUUGCGUCCCAAAUGGCACCCUAUUCCCUAUAUAGUGCAAUACUUUUGACCAGAGCCCUGUGGUUUCUGGUCAAAAGUAGUGCACUAUGUAGGGAAUAGUUUGCCAUUUGGACGCAGACUUAUUCUCAUCCAAUUAGAACAACUCUUCCUACUCUGCGUAGGCAGCUUGCUAACCUUGAAUUGCCUUAGCUAGUUCAAAGACACUUGGCAGAAUCACUUUACUUGACAGGGUUUUAAAACCUAUUGAUUUCUCUCUGUGGGAUACUUGACAGGGUUUUAAAACCUAUUGAUUUCUCUCUGUGGGAUACUUUCUAAUGAGAGAUUGCUCUUAUUUUCCAGGUUUCAUAUUAUGAAAUUUACUUGGACAAGAUUCGGGACCUCUUGGAUAGUAAGUCUUAGGCAGAGUGAACACAGCAUGUGUCCCAAAUGCCCUAUGGGCCCUGGUCAAAACUAGUGCACUACAUAGGGAAUAGGGUGCCAUUUGGGACAUGCCAUGUAUAGCGUGCCUCUCCUCUUGGCUGGUGGCCAUGCUGGUGUGGAUAAUUGGCUAGUUUACAUAGCUAUCUGUUAAAAGGAGCUGAUUAAUGAAAUGUUGCAUGUUGAAACAGGAAAAGGGUGGAUGGUGGUGUUCAGAAACAUCAGCUGGAAAUGUUGUUACUGAUAUUGGAAUUAAAAGCCUGUUCAUGUUUUGACUGAAGAUAAAGAAUGUCUGCAUACUGCUCCGUAAACAUGCUGUAUUUGUAUCGGUCAUUACGUACAUUUUCCUCACCCAGUUUGAGCAUGAGGUUUCUUCACACACGCAAUGACACUGAAAUGGCUAGUUAAAUGUCCAUUUAUAAGCAGAAGACGGGCUUUCUGCUGUGGAGCCAUAACUAUCCAGAAUAGUCUAGACCAGGGGUGUCAAACUCAUUCCAUGGAGGGCCGAGUGUCUGCAGGUUUUUGGUUUUUCCUUUCAAUUAAGACCUUGACCACCACGUGAGGGGAGUUCCUUUACUAAUUAGUGACCUUAAUUCAUCAAUCGAGUACAAGGGAGGAGUGAAAACCUGCAGACACUCGGCCCUCCGUGGAAUGAGUUUGACACCCCUGGUCUAGAGUCUUGACUAUGCUGCAUGUUUCUUUCUCUCCAGUGUCAAAGACCAACCUGUCAGUGCAUGAAGACAAAAACAGAGUUCCCUAUGUCAAGGUGAGUCUUUAAUCCAGGGAUGAACUACCAUCCUCGUUGUGUUACUCACCCAGUAAACCGUCAGAGUUAGACUACAGCCACCUAAUAAGAAAAAACAUGGUGUUACCUGACAUUGACAAUUUAGCGACAGGCUCUGAAGAUACUAAAAUGUAUUAAUGCACUACUCUAACUCGCUUUGGAUAAAAGUGUCUGCUAAAUGCCGUUUAUAAGAUGGUCCGGUGUCACAUCAUACGUUUUUUUUUGUCCACAGGGAUGCACUGAGAGAUUUGUCUGCAGCCCAGAGGAAGUCAUGGACACCAUUGAUGAAGGCAAAUCUAACAGACAUGUAGCAGUUACAAGUAAGAGACUGCACUAAGGCUCCGUCCCAAAUAUCACCCUUUUCCCUUUAUAGUGCACUACUUUUGAUCAGAGCCCUUUGGGAAUAGUGUACCAUUUGGGACGUGUGCAAUGUUAGCCGAUAUGCCCCAUUGAACUCAAUAGGUCAAUUAUUUUGUUAUAAUUACCCAAAUGGUUUAACACGCUAAACGGUUUCUCACGCUAGCCUGGUCCCAGAUCUGUUUGUGCUCUCCUCACCAACUCAUUGUCACGCCAAACAUUUGGCAUGACAAUUCCAUAAGGAGUUGGCAAGAAAGCACAAACAGAUCUAGCAUCCAGGCUAUUAUCAUGCGUGUGUCAGAGCUCUGGUUACCGUAAGCGACUGGUCCAUAAACUCUAACCAGGCUAGUGUUUAUAUAAUAAGAAACAGUACUCCACUCCGCUUCAUAAUUAUACGUUCUGUGUUUAGUGCAUAUUAGUGAAAAUGUUUAAUUCCCCAAAAAGGCACCUUAUUCCCUUUAUAGUGCACUACUUUUGAGGGCUCUCGUUGGUGUAGGGAAUAGGGUGCCAUUUGAGACACAGUCAGUCUCUAUUUGUGUAUUAUUAUUCUAACUGCCUGAUCAGCGCUGAUCCCAGAUCUGUUGUCUUGUCUCAGACGUGAAUGGGCAAAGCUCCAGAAGUCACAGUAUUAAUAUUUUAACUGAUCAACGCUGAUCCCAGACCUGUUGUCUUGUCUCAGACAUGAAUGAGCACAGCUCCAGAAGUCACAGUAUCUUCCAGAUCAACGUGAAGCAGGAGAACACUGCUACAGAGCAGAAACUCAGCGGAAAGCUCUACCUCGUCGACCUGGCAGGAAGUGAAAAGGUAGGAAAAGCCCAUCUGAGGUUAGCUAAUUGCAGGUGCGUGGGAUUAAAAACAAUGAAAAGAGAAACCUGCACACUGGUCUUUCCUGUUCUGAUGUAGGCAGACAGCCGGCUGGCUAGAGCAGUGUGCAGGCUUUUCUUUUUCUUUUUUUGAAGAGAAAAGGUACAACAACAACAACAACAUGUAUGAGUCAUAACUUCCUGAUCUGGCCUCUCAAGACUCUACUAACUGCCUGCUGUCUGAGGGAAACGGAGCUUCCCAGUUGCCUAAUCUGUUGGUAUUAUCAAGACUGAUGAACAUGGUUAGAUGAUGUCACUCAGACCACAUGUUUGACCCAUGCCAAUAUAUUAUUAAGGCCUCUGGUGCACAGCAAGUGUUUCACUGUACAAGUCAUCCAUCUUACCAGACGGUCCCUGUCUGUCUCUUUCUUCCCAGGUCAGUAAGACUGGGGCGGAGGGAGCCGUGCUGGACGAGGCCAAGAACAUUAAUAAGUCUCUGUCUUCACUGGGCAACGUCAUCUCAGCCCUGGCAGAAGGCUCUGUGAGUAUUCCUGUACUAUCACAGAUACUAUGACUGGUGGUUUGGUUGGUGUUCAGUGUAAAGAUGAGUUGACCCACUAAAGGCCAAUACCUCACAUCAACAGUAUCCUUCAUUAUUUUAGAGAUCAAAAUAUAGGCAAGGUUUUGGUUGGAGCUGAUUCACAGUUGUAUAAUUCUACGCCUUUUCUUUCAAUUAUAGAUUUAACAACCUGAAGGGAAUUCUAUUGUUGUUUCUCUUAAUGAAUGUUGUUUUGUUUUGCUAUGUUUCAGGGCUAUAUCUUAAUGAAUGUUGUUUUGUUUUGCUGUUUCAGGGCUAUAUCUUAAUGAAUGUUGUUUUGUUUUGCUAUGUUUCAGGGCUAUAUCUUAAUGAAUGUUGUUUUGCUUUGCUAUGUUUCAGGGCUAUAUCUUAAUGAAUGUUGUUUUGCUUUGCUAUGUUUCAGGGCUAUAUCUUAAUGAAUGUUGUUUUGUUUUGCUAUGUUUCAGGGCUAUAUCUUAAUGAAUGUUGUUUGCUUUGCUAUGUUUCAGGGCUAUAUCUUAAUGAAUGUUGUUUUGUUUUGCUAUGUUUCAGGGCUAUAUCCCGUACAGAGACAGUAAAAUGACCAGAAUCCUUCAGGACUCUCUGGGGGGUAACUGUAGGACCACCAUUGUCAUCUGUGCCUCUCCUUCUGCCUACAACGAGUCAGAGACAAAGUCCACCCUCAUGUUUGGACAGAGGUGGGCUCACUCACUAGCUCCUAAAAGGAUAGUUCACAAAAAUAUAUAUUUGUAGUAGUCCACUGUUAAUACAAUCCCCCAAGUAUGCAUGUCAGCAGUCACGUUGUCAAGACGGAGCACUUUCAAUACAGAGCAAAACGUGUGAUGAUGAUGAGUUUUACAUCAUAUGAAGAAAAAAAACCCAUCAACAAUUCACAAUGAGUUACCACAAUCACUAUUUUGUGAGCUAUUCAGGGCUGUUUGAAUUAGAAUAGGGUGUAAUGGUUUGGUCCUGUUUGUGGUGUUUUCCAGAGCGAAGACCAUUAAGAACACGGUGUGUGUGAACGUGGAGCUGACGGCAGAACAGUGGAAGAAGAAGUAUGAGAGGGAGAAGGAGAAGGGAAAGGCCCUGAGGAACACCAUCACCUGGCUGGAGAAUGAGCUCAACCGCUGGAGGAACGGUGAGGAGGAGAGGACCUUCCCCUAAUUCCCCUAGGCCCAAAGUUAUCAGCUGGCUAGGCCCUCAUCUUUCCUGUACAGCACAGACGUAGUAGAACAGCAAGGUCAUGUUCAUUAGGACACAACUUAGCAAAAAUAUUUAAAACGGUUUGCAAUAGAAAACGAAAAUAAGUGUUUCUUAUUAAGUACAGAUACUACCUCCCUGUUUCCAUGAUCUGUGUUUGUGUUGUUUUUUUGAGAGGGGGGACAUUUCAGUAAUCUAUAUGAUGAAUGAAUUUGUGGGGGGUUCCAGUGAUUGAAGCCAGACGCUCAGAUGAGACCAUUAUGUGAUGAGAAGAGAGCCUUGCACGCUGUGUGACUGACCUAUCUGUGUGACCGCCACGCUGCCCCCUGCAGGUGAGAGUGUGCCGGUGGACGAGCAGUUUGACAAGGAGAAGGCCCAGGCUGAGGUGCUGGCCCUGGACAAUGUGCCCAACGACAAGCCUGCCUCUACCCCCAACAUGCCCCAGCUCCGUCUGACCGACGCAGAGAAGGACAAGUGUGAAGGGGAGCUGGCCAAGCUUUACAAGCAGCUGGACGAUAAGGUGAGAGAGACCGGCCACAGAAUGUGUGUGCGUGUGUGUUGAGAAGGACAAGUGUGAAGGGGAGCUGGCCAAGCUCUGCAAGCAGCUGGACGAUAAGGUGAGAGAUACAGCCUCCAGCAGGAAGUAGCAACAGCCAAUGUCUACGUCCCAAAUGGCACCUUAUUCCCUAUAUUGUGUACUACUUUUAAACAGGACCCAUAGGGAAUAGGGUGCCAUUUAGGAUGCAACUAAUGAGUUGAAGGGAAAGAGCUGAGUAAGACACUCACACGCUCCAACAUGUGUCAAACUGGACAUGAUGCAGGUGUGUGUUGUUGAACAACAAUCCAUCAAGAUACACUAAUAUACGAGUAUGUGGACACCCCUUCAAAUUAGUGGAUUCGGCUAUUUCAGCCACACCCGUUGCUGACAGGUGUAUAAAAUCGAGCACACCGCCAUGCAAUCUCCAUAGACAAACAUUGGCAGUAGAAUGGCCUUAUGACGGUGUCACCGUCAUAGAAUGCCAACUUUCCAACAAGUCAGUUAUUCAGAUUUCUGCCCUGCUAGAGCUGCCCCGGUCAACUGUUAUUGUGAAGUGGAAACGUCUAGGAGCAACAACGGCUCAGCCGCGAAGUGUUAGGCCACACAAGCUCACAGAACGGGACCGCAGAGUGCUAAAGCGUGUAAAAAUCGUCUGUCCUCGGUUGCAACACUCACUACCGAGUUCCAAACUGCCUCUGGAAGCAACGUCAGCACAAUAACUGUUUGUCGGGAGCUUCAUGAAAUGGAUUUCCAAGGCCUAACUGCCUAACACAAGCCUAAGAUCACCAUGUGCAAUGCAAAGCGGCGGCUGGAGUGGUGUAAAGGUCGCCGCCAUUGGACUCUGGAGCAGUGGAAAUGCGUUCACUGGAGUGAUGAAUCACCAUCUGGCAGUCCGACGGACGAAUCUGAGUUUGGCGGAUGCCAGGAGAAUGCUACCUGCCCCAAUGCAUAGUGCCAACUGUAAAGUUUGGUGGAGGAGGAAUAAUGGUCUGGGGCUGUUUUUCAUGGUUCGGGCUAGGCCCCUUCGUUCCAGUGAAAGGAAAUCUUAACGCUACAGUAUACAAUGACAUUCUAUACGAUUCUGUUCUCCCAACUUUGUGGCAACUGUUUGGGUGAAGGCCCUUUUCUGUUUCAGCAUGACAAUGCCCCUGUGCAGAAAGUGACGUCCAUACAGAAAUGGUUUGUCGAGAUCGGUGUGGAAGAACUUGACUGGCCUGCACAGAGCCCUGACCUCAACCCCAUUGAAUACCUUUGGGAUGAAUUGGAACGCCGACUGCGAGCCAGGCCUAAUUGUACAACAUCAGUGCCCGACCUCACUAAUGCUCUUGUGGCUGAAUGGAAGCAAGUCCCCCGCAGCAAUGUUCCAACAUCUAGUGGAAAGCCUUCCCAGAAGAGUGGAGGCUGUUAUAGCAGCAAAGGGGGGACCAACUCCAUAUUAGUGCCCAUGAUUUUGGAAUGAGAUGUUCGACGAGCAGGUGUCCACAUACCUUUUGGUCAUGUAGUGUAGUUUCAUGUCCAGUUUGACCCAUGUUGGAGCAUGUGUUGUUUGUCUGUGUGUGUUUGUUUGAAUGAUGAUAAUGCUAACCCUGUCCUUUCUCUCUGUGUGUCCCAGGAUGAUGAGAUCAACCAGCAGAGCCAGCUGGCUGAGAAGCUCAAGCAGCAGAUGUUGGACCAAGAGGAGGUGAGUGUUGGCUGGGCUGCUGUCAUCUUGUUGUCACUGUAAUUCUGGUUAAAGACUAUUGGACCUCAAUCAAACUAAUCAAACUGUAUAUUAGCUAAAUUAUCUUUCUAUCUAGCUACAGUACCAGUCAAACGUUUGGACACACCUACUCAUUCAAGGGUUUUUCUUUAUUUUUACAAUUUUCUACAUUGUAGAAUAAUAGUGAAGACAUCAAAACUAUGAAAUAACACAUAUGGAAAAGCAGCCAACAAGUGCUCAGCAUAUGUGGGAAUUCCUUCAAGACUGUUGGAAAAGCAUUCCAGUUGAAGCUGGUUUGAGAGAAUUCCAAGAGUGUGCAAAGCUGUCAUCAAGGCAAAGGGUGGCUAUUGAAGAAUCUCAAAUAUAAAAUAUAUUUUGAUUUGUUUAACACUUUUUUGGUUACUACAUGAUUCCAUAUGUGUUAUUUCAUAGUUUUGAUGUCUUCACUAUUAUUCUACAAUGUAAAAAAUUGUAAAAAUACAGAAAAACCCUUGAAUGAGUAGGUGUGUCCAAACGUUUGACUGGUAGUGUAUAUGUCUGACUUUUCGUGUGUGUGUGUGUGUAGCUGCUGGUGUCAUCGCGACGCGACCAUGACAACCUGCAGUCAGAGCUGAACCGCCUGCAGGCUGAGAACGAGGCUUCCAAGGAUGAGGUGAAGGAUAAUAUUAUUGUUAUUGUUAUUAUUACUAUUAUUAUUGUUAUUAUUAUUAAUGUUACUAUUAAUGUUGUUGUGGUAUUGUAGGUGAAGGAGGUGCUGCAGGCCCUGGAAGAGCUGGCUGUUAACUACGACCAGAAGAGCCAGGAGGUGGAGGAAAAGACCACAGAGUUUGAGAUGCUCAACGAAGAACUCAACCAGAAAUCGGUGAGACAAUGUCCCUCACUGUCCCUUCUCAUGAAGAGAGCUGUCUCUUCAUAUUGUUAUACGUUUUUUCCUGGUUGCUUCAGUAUAAGUCAGUCAUACCUCUUUUUUUGUCCAUAAUAUUUAGGAAAUGCUAAUAUUAAAAUGUUUUACUCUCUCUCUCCAGAACGUCCUGACGUCCAUUGACUCUGAGCUGCAGAAACUGAAGGAGAUGACCAACCACCAGAAGAAGAGGACCAGUGAGAUGAUGUCAUCACUACUCAAAGACCUGGCAGAGAUUGGCAUCGCCGUGGGCAGCAACGACAUCAAGGUAAACAGGAAAUGACACGUCACCACAUGACACUCCAAAAGAUGGGUAUUAUUUUAUAAGCAACUAAAGGAAAUGUGUAAUAUCUGUUUCCCCUUAACCUGAAUAAAAUGAUAACCUGCCCUUCUCUCUUUCUACCUCUCUGUCUCUCUAUGUAUCUCCCUCCCUCUCUCUCUCUCUCUCUCCUCUCUCUCUCUAUCUAUCUCUCUCUCUCUCCCCCUCCCUCCCUCCCCGUCUCUUCCUCCCAGCAACACGAGGGCAGUGGUCUGAUAGACGAGGAGUUCACGGUGGCUCGUCUGUACAUCAGUAAGAUGAAGUCGGAGGUGAAGACCAUGGUGAAACGCUGUAGGCAGCUGGAGAGCACCCAGUCAGAGAGCAACCAGAAGAUGGACGAGAAUGACCAGGAGCUGGCCGCCUGUCAGCUGAGGAUCCAACAGGUAUUAGCCUGCUCAUCAUCAUACAGUAGUUAGAGUCCAACACACUCCAUCUCUCAGGUACAACCGGGCCUACUCACUCGUAGGCUGGAGUUACACGACGCAACUUUCACACAAUUCUUUGUUGCAGUUGCAGGUUGUAAGUGACAUCCUUUCAAGCAACUUUGCUGAUACUCGAAGCAACUCAAACGUAACUGAAAUUGCAUGCAACAGCCAAUCAAAUUGAAGCUGCUUUUGUUUUGUCAUAUCAUUCCACAUGGUUUGGGAAUUCUAAACCCACCCAAUGUCAUCUGCUGCAUUAAAUUGUGAUUUCACAAAUGUAAUUGUUUAUCCAACCAUUUAGUUAUUGUAUAAGGAUCGAUUUAGACAACAUUCUGACUGUACAAUUUCGCUAGCAAGCGAAAAUGAAAUUGCCAGCACUGUUUUUAUCAAGCUAACCAAGCUAGCAACAAACUAAGCUAGCUAGCUAGUGGUGCAGUUCAUAUUGAACAAUUUCAGUUGAAACUGGUCAGAAAGAGGCCUGAGUUCACUUCAGAAAUUACAUUUAUUGGCUACCAAACCAUGUACAUAAACCUUUACUAGCCUUGAUGCCAAUAUUUAUUUAUACAGCUCCCGUUUAGCAAAUCUCUCUUCUGUCCACCUUCAUCACGGCUCCCACAGCACUGGCAGCUGUGUUGUUGACAUGGCAACUGGGCAGGAGUUCUGACCCAAAGAUAUUUAUAACGAACCCAAGAUAGUUAAUCUGUGUCAUUUUCAAUGGGAGCAAAUUAAGCAUAGUGGGCAGAACAAGCAAGGAGGUGGGCAGAGCCAGGCACGAGCUAGCAAGAUCCUAUUGGCGAGUUCUAGCAUGUAUUUGCAUAUUUCCGUUAAGAAACACCUUCUCUGUGAAGUGCGAGUGUGCAACAACUCAAUUCGCCCUUGCACUCCUUGUAAAAAAUAAUAAUUGAGACUUCGAUAAAGAGUCACGUCUACAGAACUUAGUGCACUCUGUUCAUAACAGAUUCUAGCUUUGGGAACAGAAAACUGUAUUGAGAUCGGGCUUUUCUUCGAUGACAAACUCAGCAGAAUGUAGGCUCAGUUUUAUCUAGCUCCAUCUUCUCCCACUGCCGGCCAUGGGGCUUCCUCUCAUCACCAUAUUUGGUGGGUAGUGGAAAUUCCAACCGGACGCUUCAGAUUAUACAUGCGGUGAAAUAUCUGGCUCCUUGUUCUAUCUGUGUCCGAACCUUCGAAUGGAUCAUGUGACAAAAGCAUUUGUUUUGAUUGGCUGUUGCUUGCAACUAGUUGCACAAAGUUGAAAGGUUUCAACUGGAACCAAGUUGCAGAUUAGUUGCUUAUUAGUUGCAGGGGGGUGUUUCAAAUCAAAUCAAAUCAAAUUUUAUUGGCCACAUGUGCCGAAUACAACAGGUGCAGACAUUACAGUGAAAUGCUUACUUACAGCCCUUAACCAACAGUGCAUUUAUUUUUAACAAAAAAGUAAAAAUAAAACAACAACAAAAAAAGUGUUGAGAAAAAAAGAGCAGAAGUAAAAUAAAAUAACGGUAGGGAGGCUAUAUAUACAGGGGGGUACCGGUGCAGAGUCAAUGUGCGGGGGCAUCGGCUAGUUGAGGUAGUUGAAGUAAUAUGUACAUAUGGGUAGAGUUAAAGUGACUAUGCAUAAAUAAUUAACAGAGUAGCAGCAGCGUAAAAGGAUAGGGUGGUGGGGCAGUGCAAAUAGUCCGGGUAGCCAUGAUUAGCUGUUCAGGAGUCUUAUGGCUUGGGGGUAGAAGCUGUUGAGGAGUCUUUUGGACCUAGACUUGGCACUCCGGUACCGCUUGCCGUGCAGUAGCAGAGAGAACAGUCUAUGACUAGGGUGGCUGGAGUCUUUGACAAUUUUGAGGGCCUUCCUCUGACACCGCCUGGUAUAGAGGUCCUGGAUGGCAGGAAGCUUGGCCCCAGUGAUGUACUGGGCCGUACGCACUACCCUCUGUAGUGCCUUGCGGUCGGAGGCCAAGCAGUUGCCAUACCAGGCGGUGAUUCAACCAGUCAGGAUGCUCUCGAUGGUGCAGCUGUAUAAUUUUUUGAGGAUCUGAGAACCCAUGCCAAAUCUUUUCAGUCUCCCGAGGGGGAAUAGGCUUUGUCGUGCCCUCUUCACGACUGUCUUGGUGUGUUUGGACCAUGAUAGUUCGUUGGUGAUGUGGACACCAAGGAACUUGAAGCUCUCAACCUGUUCCACUACAGCCCCGUCGAUGAGAAUGGGGGCGUGCUCAGUCCUCUUUUUUUUCCUGUAGUCCACAAUCAUCUCCUUUGUCUUGGUCACGUUGAGGGAGAGGUUGUUAUCCUGGCACCACACGGCCAGGUCUCUGACCUCCUCCCUAUAGGCUGUCUCAUCGUUAUCGGAGAUCAGGCCUACCACUGUUGUGUCGUCGGCAAACUUAAUGAUGGUGUUGGAGUCGUGCCUGGCCAUGCAGUCAUGGGUGAACAGGGAGUACAG